AUGUCCUCCCGCAGCCCCCGGCCCCCGCCCCGCCGCUGCCGCCGCCGCCUGCCGCGCCCCUCCUGCUGUUGCUGCUGCUGCCGCCGCUCGCACCUCAACGAGGACACGGGGCGCUUCGUGCUACUGGCGGCGCUCAUCGGCCUCUACCUGGUGGCGGGCGCCACAGUCUUCUCAGCGCUGGAGAGCCCAGGCGAGGCGGAGGCGCGGGCGCGCUGGGGCGCCACGCUGCGCAACUUCAGCGCGGCGCACGGGGUGGCGGAGCCGGAGCUGCGCGCCUUCCUCCGGCACUACGAGGCCGCGCUGGCCGCCGGCGUCCGAGCCGACGCGCUGCGCCCGCGCUGGGACUUCCCUGGCGCCUUCUACUUCGUGGGCACCGUGGUAUCCACCAUAGGUUUCGGCAUGACCACACCCGCCACUGUAGGUGGGAAGGCUUUCCUCAUAGCCUACGGGCUGUUCGGCUGCGCCGGGACCAUCUUGUUUUUCAACCUGUUCCUGGAGCGCAUCAUCUCGUUGCUGGCCUUCAUCAUGCGCACCUGCCGGGAGCGUCAGCUGCGCCGCAGUGGCCUGCUGCCCGCCACCUUCCGCCACGGCUCGGCGCUCUCGGAGGCCGACUGCCUGGCAGGCUGGAAGCCCUCAGUGUACCACGUGUUGCUGAUUCUGGGCCUGUUUGCUGUGCUGCUGUCGUGCUGCGCCUCGGCCAUGUACACCAGCGUGGAGGGCUGGGACUACAUGGACUCACUGUACUUCUGCUUUGUCACCUUCAGCACCAUCGGCUUCGGGGACCUGGUGAGCAGCCAGCACGCCGCCUACAGGAACCAGGGACUCUACCGCCUGGGAAACUUCCUCUUCAUCCUGCUCGGCGUGUGCUGCAUCUAUUCUCUCUUCAAUGUUAUCUCCAUCCUCAUCAAGCAGGUGCUCAACUGGAUGCUGCGAAAGCUGAGCUGUCGCUGCUGCGCCCGCUGCUGCCCCGCACCCGGCGCACCCCUGGCACGGCGCAACGCCAUCACCCCCGGCUCCCGGCUGCGCCGCCGCCUGGCUGCGCUCGGCGUAGACCCCGCGGCCGGCGACAGCGACGCCGAGGGCCGCCGCCUGUCAGGCGAGCUCAUCUCCAUGCGCGACCUCACCGCCUCCAACAAGGUGUCGCUGGCGCUGCUGCAGAAGCAGCUGUCCGAGACGGCCAACGGCUACCCGCGCAGCGUGUGCGUCAACACGCGCCAGAACGGCUUCUCGGGCGGCGUGGGUGCGCUGGGCAUUAUGAACAACCGCCUGGCCGAGACCAGCGCCUCCAGGUAGACUGCCCGCCUGCCUGCCCUUCUUGCUGCGCCAGGGACCCUCGCCAGGCUGGCGUACUGCCAGGCGUGGCUUGCUUUUCUUCUCUCAGACGCUGGCGCUUUCUUAAUCUUUAUCCAAUAAAAUGAAACCAAAAAAAAUUUUUUUAAAGAAAUACUAUUUGGCCAGGCCUGAUGUUAUCAGUGGCAGGUUUUGGGGGAACCUAUUUUACUUGUGGGUCCCCUCUUGGAGAACCGUGACCCCAAGUAGAUUCUCCUCCAGGGAGAGAAAAAGUGGCACCCAAUCCCUCACCCGGUGCAUACCGCAGCGAGGAGAGUGCCAGCCCUAGGUUUUGCAGACUGGCAUGAAACCCGGUCCCCAUGCACAUAAGCAGCCGGCAACCCCAAAACAUAUGGUGCAACUUUACAUGGCUCUGAAUUACCUCCGCAGCAUUUAGAAUCCUGGCCCAGCCUAGCAGCUUCCUUCUGGUCGUCAGAAGUGAUAUAGUCACAGUUUUGACAGGUGGGGGUGGGGAGAGCCAUCUGUUACCUCCUGAUGUAUAUAUAUAGCACAGCCGCUACACACAGAAUGGUGUAGUAUUACGCAAUGAGAUGAAACACAGAACCAACUUGCGGACUGCGGCGUUUCCCCGAGAUUUGGAAAUUGCAGUGGUAAGGGGCUUAGCUGGCCUUUCUCAGCCUGUGGUUCACUUAGCGCAGUGCACAUUCAACUACUGUGGAUGAAGGAAACCCAGGGUGGCCUGCCUGCCG